AUGCCCCUUACAUUGGUGGUCAGUGGGAAGAAUGUCCCUUACAUUGGUGGUCAGUGGGAAGAAUGCCCCUUACAUUGGAGGUCAGUGGGAAGAAUGACCCUUACAUUGGUGGUCAGUGGGAAGAAUGUCCCUUACAUUGGUGGUCAGUGGGAAGAAUGUCCCUUACAUUGGUGGUCAGUGGGAAGAAUGUCCCUUACAUUGGAGGUCAGUGGGAAGAAUGUCCCUUACAUUGGCGGUCAGUGAGAAGAAUGUCCCUUGCAUUGGCGGUCAGUGGGAAGAAUGUCCCUUACAUUGGUGGUCAGUGGGAAGGUUGCCAGUCUUCCAGCUAUUUUGUAAUCCCCCCUAUUCAGUCUUCUGUUUAUGUAUUACUUGUGCUUCUGAAAUAGGAGUCUGCGCUGAGACUGGUUGCCCUUGGAUGUAAAGAAGACUGAGGUGCUGUCUACUGCUUGGGUUUUUUUGUAGGUAAAAUCCUUGUAUUUCUGGAAUGGGAGAACAUUACUUCUUGAGCAUGUGUGGUAGCCCAGAGGGUAAGA